CCGCACGCGGGUAAUGAUGAGAAAGAGUUUGCACUCACUUGCCUACUUAGUGAAGGUCUAUAUUGAAAACGAGGUAAUUUCCGGCAUCCAUUAAGAAGAGAAGCUAGGUGUUGUCGUUUCGCUUGUGGAACGCCUUAAGAGUCUGUCAGAACGACAGUCUGAAUAUCCCAACUGCGAAUGAGAUGGCUACUGCAGACGAAGGUGAGAUAUUUUACCAAGUUGAGUUAAACAGAACAACUUGGAGAAUUCCAGAACGUUAUCAGAGACUUGCUCCAGUUGCAUACGGUGCUUACGGUCAAGUUUGCUCUGCAUACGAUGUAAUCACAGGGAAAGAUGUUGCUAUAAAAAAACUGAGUCGUCCAUUCCUAACUUCAAUCCAUGCCAAGAGAACGUAUAGGGAAAUUCGCAUGUUACGUUACAUGACACAUGAAAAUAUCAUUGGUUUAUUGGAUGCAUUUACACCUGAUAAAGCUUUAGCUAAUUUCAAAGAUGUCUACUUAAUCACACCAUUAAUGGGAGCUGAUCUUAACAACAUAUUAAAAACUCAACGUCUCAGUGACGAUCACAUACAAUUCCUUGUUUAUCAGAUUUUAAGAGGACUUAAGUAUGUACAUUCAGCUGAAAUAACUCAUAGGGAUCUAAAGCCUGGAAAUCUGGCCAUAAAUGAAGACUGUGAACUUCGGAUUCUUGAUUUUGGAUUAGCUCGCAUGACAGACAGUGAAAUGACUGGCUAUGUAGCCACUCGUUGGUAUCGUGCUCCAGAAAUUAUGUUAAACUGGCGACAUUAUAAUGGCAAAGCAGUUGAUAUGUGGUCUGUUGGUUGCAUUAUGGCAGAAAUGAUUCUUGGACAUGCUCUUUUUCCUGGAAAUGAUCACAUUGAUCAAUUAAAUAAAAUUUUGAUAAUGCUGGGGAAGCCAAGUGAAGAAUUCAUUGAAAAUAUUUCCAGUUCCGAUGCUCGUGAAUAUGUAAGAUCAUUGCCAAACAUAAUAAGUAAAGAUUUUGAAAGAUACUUUGAGAAUGCUAAUCCUCUUGCUAUUAAUCUGUUAAGUAAGAUGCUUGUUCUUGAUGCUGACCAAAGAAUUACUGCUGAGGAAGCACUUGCCCAUCCAUAUCUCCAUCAAUAUUCUGAUCCUACUGACGAACCUAGUUCCCCAGUCUUUAGAGAUCCUUAUGAAAAUGAGGAACUGUCUCUGGAAGCUUGGAGAAUGCAUUAUCAAUGGCACCCAACUGAUCUUCAAGGACUUCUUUGCAUUUUUACAACUUGUUGUGCUUUUGUGUUUUCUUUUCUUCGUUUUUAGGUAAAUUCUGGAAAA